AAAGGAAAGAAAUCAAAGUUGAAAAAUGAAGCUGGUCCCCAGGGCCGAGGGCAUUGAGGACAAAAAGAAUAGUUGGCAGAUUGAAAUUAAAGUUAGUUCUCGUAAGGAGUCAAAGCACAUUGCAGGCGUUCUUUCUCCUCCACUCAUACUGAAAGAUGCUAAACGUUGCUGUUACAGUCCUUGCCUUGUCAUGGGUCAACUGUGUGACACAGACUGCCUCUUAUCUCCUUUUUUUUUUUUUUUUUCCGAUCGUUAAUUACUGGCCUUAAAAGUACUGUUUUGGAAAGUAGGGGUAAUUAUGUUGUGCAACGUUUUUUGAGAAAAAAGAAGUGGGCCCUUGCUCGUUUCUCUGAACCUUAAGAGACUCUGCACAUUGACGUUAAUUGCUAACAAAGGACUAUAUCUUGGGAUUAAACUUCUUUGAAUCGUUACAGCCUUCAAGUAUUAUUUUGGAUAUAUUCAUUUUAAUUAAGACUGAUGAGCAACAUCACCUUUUCUCAGACAAAGCUUCUUCAAUUUUCUGUGGCUUGUGGUUUGUCAUACUAGUUUCAAAUCUGAGAAGGGGAUCGAAUGAGGAACAUGUCACCAAGAGUCAUCUAUUAAUAAUAGGUGGCUGUUAUAGUAUGUUAAUGAAACAGCAGUAACUUCUUUAGCAGGCUGUCAGCUGGAAUCAGUGGAUUUUACUGUCAACAUGAAGGUCAUUGUUAACAUCUUCAAGCAAAAGUGGAAUGUUACCUAUUAGAGACACUUUAAAAUUUUCCUUGAAAUCGGGAUGCGUUCAGCUGCUAUAUGCUUUUGAAGAGUGGCAAAAGGCAGAGAAAUGUGCAGCUACUUUAAGCUGUGAAAUUUCAAUCCUGCGUGGUACAACUCUGAGUAAGAUGCAUUGUGCCUCUGAGAGCAAGGUACCUCCACGUUUCUGUCUGGUUUUUUUUCAUUAAAGUGCAAACAAACAACUGUUGAAGACCGAGGCAGCGUAAUUUUGUUAAGAUAUCAGAAUGUCCACAGAUGGUAGCUUCGGCACAGCUAGCAACAGCGAUGCGCAGCAAAGCCUUCAGUCCUUCUGGCCACGAGUCAUGGAGGAGAUACGCAAUCUCACAGUGAAGGACUUCAGAGUUCAAGAACUUCCCCUGGCUCGUAUUAAGAAGAUUAUGAAACUAGAUGAAGAUGUGAAGAUGAUUAGUGCUGAAGCUCCUGUGUUGUUUGCCAAGGCAGCUCAGAUAUUCAUAACGGAAUUGACGUUGCGAGCGUGGAUACACACUGAAGAUAACAAGCGCAGGACUCUGCAGAGGAAUGACAUUGCCAUGGCAAUUACAAAGUUUGAUCAAUUUGACUUUCUCAUUGAUAUUGUUCCAAGAGAUGAACUGAAGCCGCCAAAGCGCCAGGAAGAGGUGCGUCAGGCUGUGACUCCAGCUGAACCUGUACAGUAUUAUUUCACCCUUGCUCAGCAGCCUGCUGCAGUUCAGGUUCAGGGGCAACAGCAAGGACAACAGACCACCACAUCUACAACUACUAUCCAGCCAGGACAAAUCAUCAUUGCUCAGCCACAGCAAGGGCAGACCACUCCUGUGACAAUGCAGGUUGGAGAAGGUCAACAGGUACAGAUCGUGCAGGCCCAGCCGCAAGGACAAACACAGCAGGCUCAGAGUGGAACUGGGCAGACCAUGCAAGUCAUGCAGCAGAUCAUCACCAAUACAGGAGAAAUCCAACAAAUACCGGUUCAGUUGAAUGCUGGCCAGCUGCAGUAUAUCCGCUUAGCCCAACCUGUGUCAGGCACCCAGGUAGUCCAGGGGCAGAUCCAGACGCUUGCAACCAAUGCACAGCAGAUAACACAGACAGAAGUCCAGCAAGGACAGCAGCAGUUCAGCCAGUUCACAGAUGGACAGCAACUCUAUCAGAUUCAGCAAGUGACCAUGCCUGCAGGCCAGGACAUUACCCAGCCCAUGUUCAUUCAGUCCACCAACCAAACAUCAGACGGCCAAGCCACGCAAGUGACAGGGGACUGAACGGUGAUGUUGUAGCAAGCAUUCGUUCUGUGUGGAAACGAACGCAUACCAGCUUGACGUUUGGUUUGAUGAAGACACCUGCUUCUGUGCAUCUAUACUUGAUAUUAAGCCUAUACUAGGCUGUGAUCUCUGGUGCACUCUACACCUUCCUCUGGUGGGUAUGAGAGAAUAUCCAGCAGAAACUGACAAGGAUGCAAUAUUUUUAUUUUUUUUUCUUUUUAGAAAUCAAUAUUUCAGUGUAUUCAGCUGCUUGUCCAACAUCAUAAAACUGAAGAGAAUUAAUCAAAAGGAAUUUAUAGCAUCUCAUUGAACAAUGUGUAAACUGUUUUUACCUAGUAAAAUUAUUAAAGGGUACUGCAUCUGGUUUGCCCUAA